AUGCACGUCGAAAUACAAGUGGCCCUCAAUUUUCUCAUUUCAUUUUUGUACAACAAAUUGCCGCGAAGACGGGUCAACCAGUUUGGCGAAGAGCUCGAGAAUGCCCUCAAAAUCAAGUUUGAGGGCCACUGGUAUCCGGAGAAGCCGUACAAAGGGUCGGCGUAUCGAUGCGUGCGCUGCAGUCCGCCGCUCGACCCGACGGUCUUCGAGACGGCCGCCCGCGCGAGUGGUAUGGAUCUGAGCGACAUUCAGGAGAAUCUGCCCCAAGAGUUGAGCAUUUGGGUCGAUCCGGGAGAGGUCUCCUACAGGAUGUCAGAGAAGGGACCCGUGAAGAUACUGUACUCGGAAAAGGCCGACAACAACAUCGACCGCCAGGAGAACGUGGACCGACCCGUCACCCGAUCCUUCAACCCGGAGGCCCAGUGCUUCAAACCCAUCGAGACGUCUCUCUCGCAACAGUUCAAUGGCAUGAAUAUAGCGAACGGCAAUGCAAUCAACAACACGUCGUUCGCCGCACCGCCGGAGGAGACGUCGCCGCCGGUCUUCAAGAGCAGCGUUUCUCCCAUUUCGACAUUUAUGGUGAGUAAGACCUCAACGCCGGUGACGUUCACGACCGCCACAUUCGCGGCCACAAAGUUCGGCUCAACCAAACUCAAGUCAAACAGCAAACGAUCGCAUCGCAUGUCUCCCACGGAGUUCAGCAAUUAUAUCAAACAGCGGGCGAUUCAACAGCAGUCGAGCCAACAGUCGCCGGUCAUCGGCAAUGGUAUGAACGGUAAUAACAUCUUCUCGAACGGCGGCACCGCAUCCGUCUCUCCGCACAAUUCACGGUCACUGUCGCCGAACUUGUCUCAAAUGGACGCGUCGGCCGCCAACGGCUUUAUGUUGAUGUCCGGCAACUCUCCCACUUCGCCGAACCCGCCGUUCGCCGUCGGUUCCGGUCAACAAAGUCUGUACAACGGAUCCAACGGCGCGUCGACGCCGUCGUCGAAACGGUCGGCGUUUAUGAACGGACUCUUCGACAACAACUAUCUCUCAGAAUUGGUGGGAACGGGCGGCGACUUAACCAAAGCCAACCACAACCACAACAAUCAACCCAUUCAUCCGAUCGCCAAACAGGCGAAUGGCAUGAAUCGGUUCACCUCUUUCCUGGACAAGAGUAACAGCCCAUUCAUCUCCACUCCCAACCCAAUGACAGCCAACCAGUCCAACGGUGUGGUCGGCGGCGGAUCCGCUGUCAAUGGAUUCGGCGGCGGAUCUAAUAUAACGUUUGAGUCGCUGACUAACGACACGUCGGUAUUAAACGGUACGUCCGGUUCCGCUAAUAAUUCUUCCAAAUCUUUCGAUAACAUGAACUUCAAUGUAAACGGCGUUUCCUAUCCUAACCAAUACCAACACUUACUCGUCGCUAAUUGA